AACAUGAAGCUGGCUUGCUUGCAUCUGGUAUUAGCAUCUCAUGGUCGCAAACGACUUGUUCUCUUGCUAUAUACACCUGCAUCAGCUUUUACGCAAUCAGCAAGAUCCUUAUAUACGCUUUUCUUUCGGAAAAGUUGUCCUACUGGGAUAUGUCGUGGUUGGGACCUUGACUGUCAUAGGAAGAGACAGCACGAUUCGUGGCGACGGCGUGUGUAUCAUCGGAUUAAAAUCCUAUGCUACGAUCAGCUUGAUAGUGUAUGAUAUAAGUCUCAAUAGCUUCCUUACAGCUAUGUUUCUUUGGCCUCUAUGGUUAUCACAUCCCAUGAGUCCGAAGCUACGAUCUAUCGCCAAGAGAACAUUAUAGUAAGUGACUGCACUCGAUCUGACCCAUAAUAGAUAUUGCCAGUAACAAUGUACUCAGCGGAGCGUCUACGAGCCUUGUUUCAUCUAUGAUAAACAU